AUGGCGCUCACUCUGGAAAGGCUGAAGCCUGUCUCCUUCUAUAGUUCGUCUGUAAGGCUUCAUUCAGAAAUGAAAGGGCCGCCUUUUCUGGGCGUAACCCCUGAGGUAUUCCAGAGCGUCUCUUUCCUUGUAUAUCUUCGUAACCCAUCAUCUGGUCUUCGAUGGCUCAAAGCGGGGUCUUGUGACCAUGCCUUCCCGCUCCCUUUUCUGUCUCUUCCUAAGUGGUAUUCUUUGUCCUUUUGUACUAAUACCUCAGAUGGAGAAAUCAUUCCUUAUACUGGUGCUAACUCGGCCGAAAACUCAGAAGAUUCAUUUGAGCUCCAGGUCCUUGCGGAGCCUUGGCCUGUUACUAAGAAUAUCCCCUUGGAGUCAUCGAUGAGAAGUCGAAUCGUAGCACUGGAUAAUUCUAAUACUAUUUUUCUCCAUGAUAAAGAAAGGGGGGUCUACUGGAGCGAAAUAAAAACAGCUCUGGAUCAAGCUACCUCUAAGUAUGAAUAUAACCGAUUACUCGAUUUCGAAAAUAGGGAUCUUCAGAUCAGGGAGAAGAAACAUGAAUGCUAUUCCCUGUUUAAACAAGUUCUUUCUGAGCAUCCCGACUUGCUCGAUAAUGAUCCAUAUAUAAAUCCAACGGAGGCCUUCUUUCGUAUUUUGACAAUACGAGAGGAAACCGAAGAAGUUUUGAACGUUGCAGACACUGACAAGGAAGAAAUUCAGAUCUACGAAAAGAUGGCGAAGGAUAUCCGGAAGAAUGGACCAAAGUCUUACUAUAUUAAAUCUAUUAUGGGCCAUUUUGAUUUGAUAAAGAUGGCGGUUUCGAAUGACCGCCGUAUCAAUGUAUGAAUCCUUUU